CGGCGGCGGCGGCGGCGGCGCUCGCAAGCGCACACUGGCCGCCGGAGGCCGCCGUGGCCGCCAGCCGCAACGACGUCGAAUGGCACCCGUAGAAGUACCCCAGCAGCAGGCUCAGCACACAGACCACGGCCAGCAUCAGGACCUCCCGGCCCAUGGACAGGGCCAGGUGGCCGGAGUGCUUCUGCAGGACCGCCUCAAGCACCGACAGGUCCAUGCCGACGGAGGCCCCCGUCGGCCCAUGGGGGGACAUGGCGUGCGGCGGUAGGCCGGCACCGGCCAGCCCCGGCGCCUCGGCCAUGGCAGGGCCCCCCACCCCACCAUCGAGCAGGUACUUGCGAUCGGCUGGGCCACUGGCGGGCCGGCCGGCGCCCGGCGGAAGCAGGGCACCGGCCGCCGCCGCGUGGCCCGCCGUGGCCGGCUGCUCCGGCCGGCCGAGAGCCCCAUGCUCGGCCACGGCCGCCGCCGUGUUCACCACGGUCGACAGCAGGUGGCAGGUAAUCAGGGCCGAACUGAUGUCAUUCGCCUGGAAGGCGUCCACCAGCCGGCGGAUGGUCAGGUCCGGCAGGUCCGGCCCCGGCAAGAUGAGGCUCGACGCCGGGGAGGGAUCUUGCAACAGGGCCGGCGGGGCCAUGGAUCCCGGGCCGGCGGUGGCCGCCCCCGAGCUCAGGAACUCAAGCAGCCGCGCGUCCGCCUGGUUCCAGAAGGCGUACACCUCCUUGGAGGGGGUGUUGGCCGGGUUGAAGGCCGCCGGCGCCGGGCACGCCCGGAGAACCAGCCGACCCACGGCGCUCCCGUGCUUCAGCCACUGCGCGGGCGGCGUGCACGCGUGCCGACAUUGAUAUUGAUAUCGAACCGGCCAGCCCCGAAGAGACAGCGACAUGGUGACAGAGGCAUGGGCGGUGAGAAACGAAGAGGGGCGAGAGGGAUG